GGUAUUUUCUUUUUCUUGCAAUUGCGGCACUAAAUCCACGCUGUUUAUCGUAGUUCAUUCAGUACAGGGACGUUUGCUUUUGUCUAAAUGAUGUUUGACAUUUCGUCUUCGUAAAAAAGGACGUAAUGGCUUUUUGCCGUCAUAUAUUUGGUAAACUUUGAGCCGCCAAACUAGUUCUCAUCAGCUUCCUGCUCGGUGUCUUUCAGUCAGCAAAAUGAAAGUACGUUCUUCUGUCUUUGCAUCGUUUAUUUUAAUAUUUGAAGUGAUGAGUGUUGCGCUUUUCUUGCGGGGAUUCUUUCCUGUUCCUGUCAAGUCGGUUGUAUCGUCUCAGAGCAGCCUGUCUGAUGUCCCGCCGGAGCCGCUGACAGGGAGCUCUCCAAAUUCAUCUCGUCUGCCCCAGCCCCUUUUUCAAAGGGUGGUCAUCAUGCUUGUGGAUGCUCUCCGGGAGGACUUUGUGUUUGGAGACAGUGGCCGCUUGCUUAUGCCGUACACCAGGCAUCUGGUGGAAAGAGGCUCAUCGCACAGUUUUGUGGCCAAAGCCAGAGCUCCGACAGUCACCAUGCCCAGGAUCAAGGCUCUUACCACUGGCAGCAUCCCAGGCUUCAUUGAUGUGGUGAUGAACCUAAAUUCUCCUGCACUGCUGGAAGACAACCUGAUUUCACAGGCCAAAGCUGCAGGGAAGAAGAUGGUGUUUUAUGGAGAUGACACCUGGGUGCGGCUUUUCCCUAAACAUUUCAUGGAGUAUGAUGGCACAACCUCCUUCUUUGUGUCUGACUACACUGAGGUAGACAACAAUGUCACCCGUCACUUAGACAGCACGCUUAAAAGAGACGACUGGGACAUUUUAAUCCUCCACUACCUCGGCCUCGAUCACAUCGGCCAUAUCAGUGGACCCCACAGUUCCCUCAUUACCCCUAAACUGCUCGAGAUGGAUGAGAUUGUAAAGAAGAUUCACGGUGCCCUGAUUUCAAAGGAGGCAGAGGAAUCCUUACCCUAUUUGCUGGUUCUGUGUGGAGACCACGGCAUGUCGGAGACUGGCAGCCAUGGAGGCUCCUCAGAGGCAGAAGUCAAUACGCCUUUGGUCCUCAUAAGCCCUGCCUUCAGGAGCAAAGUGGGACGGGAGAAACCUGGAGUGGUGGAGCAGGUCGACUUGACUCCGACCCUGGCCCUUGGACUCGGGCUCCCCAUCUCUCAGAACAACGUGGGUCGGGUCAUCCCAGGCAUUUUGGAGGAAAUCUCAUUUAGGGACCAGCUGCGCUUCCUGCAUCUCAAUGGCCACCAGCUUCGCUGCCUCCUCAAAGACAGUAUGCCUCAGUAUGAAAAAGAUGUAGGCUUUGAGCAGUUCCGUGUGGCAGAAAAGGCUCAUGGGAGCUGGAUGAAGCUUUACCUGGAUGGGAACACGUCUGAGAUAUUGACCAACAUGGGCAAAAAAGUGCUGAAACAGUACCUGGAAGCUCUGGCUGCCAUGAGCUCAGCCCUGAGCAAACAACUGGGCAAGUACGAUAUGUACUCCAUGAUCGUGGGCAUGGUCCUUGUAUUUCAGCUCCUGCUGGUUUUACUGCUGGCGAUGCCUGAAGCACUCAGCGGUGCUGCAGCAGUGGAUCUCCCCUUCCUGUCAGCACUUCUCUCCCUGCCUUUCUACCUCUUAUGCCUGCUGCUUGCAUCAGUGCACGUCUUGGUGUGCACAUCUGUGGGGAGCUCCUGUUACUUCUGCAGCCUCUCCUGGGCUCUGGUGUUUGCAGCCAUUGCCUUCUCCUCGGCAGUGUUUUGUAUUCUGGUCUCUAUAGCAACACGGCGACUGUCCUUGGGACCUAAGAUUCAUGGGAAGUCUCCCCUGAGGACCAGCAGCACUGAGUGGUCGCUGUCGGAGCUGGAUGUUUUACUGCUGACUGGAACAGUCGGACACACACUCAGUUUGGCAGCCAGCAGCUUUGUAGAGGAGGAACACCAAACCUGGUACUUUCUGCUCAGCACCCUCUGCCUAGCAGUCUUCAAUGAUGUCUGUCGCAAGUACUUCAGAGAACAAAGAGGCUCAGAAAAUGAAGAGGAAUUCGUGCUCCCAUCCAAAGAUUGCGAUUUCUCUGCCUUCCCUAAAGCAGAUCCUCACUCAGAGAAGUGGCUAUCAUUAGCCACCCCACCGUUCACGCUGCUCUGCUGCCGGCUGCUGCGCUCUCUGAACCAGACGGGCGUGCAGUGGGCUCAUCUUCCAGACGUGGGACAUUGGUUGAACAGUUCUGAACAUCAGGUGGUCCUCUCUCUGCUGACUACAGUCUGUUUGGUUCUUAUCUACCUCCUGAUUCAAAGGCGGUGCUCAUGGGUGUCCAAAGUUGCCCUUGCCCUUGGACUUCUGGGUGUCUACAGCUACAGGGCAGCUGUUGGCAGUGUCUUGUUUCCUUGGCAACAUACUGGUCGAAGUAUGUCCAAGGGCACCCUGGAGGCACGCUUUGUUUAUGUGUUUGUUUUGGGGAUCCUCUUCACGGGCACCAAGGACUUGUUACGCUCCCAAAUCAUCACAGCUGAUGCCCGCCUGAAGAGCAGGGUCUUGUGGGAGAUUUACAGUGGCUUGGUUUUAUUGGUAUCGCUGCUUUUCCGAGCUCACAACUUGCCAGUGCUGUGCUGCUGCCUGUUGAUUCAGACACUAAUGGCUCAGUUUAUAUGGAAGAAGCUCCACUAUGAUGCUGCUCAAACUACCAUCAUGCACUACUGGUUUGGACAAGCCUUCUUUUACUUUCAGGGAAAUUCCAACAAUAUUGGUACCGUGGACAUCUCAGUUGGCUUCGUUGGACUGGAAAGUUAUGUAGAAGCACCUGCCGUCUUCCUAACAGCCCUCAGCACGUAUGCAGGCCCCCUGCUGUGGGCGUGCCACCUCGUCUGUUACCUCAGUUCAGAAAGAGACAGGAGCGCCGUUGCACUCAGUCAUGGCUGUUACUGUUUGGCCCUGCUGAGGUCGGUGCCAGCUGCAGCCUACAUCGUGCUGGUAACUGUUCUGCGCUAUCACCUCUUUAUAUGGAGCGUCUUCUCACCCAAAUUGCUGUAUGAGUCCAUGCACAUACUGCUGACAGCUGCAGUCUGUCUCUUCUUUAACACAAUGGAGCAAAGCCACAGUUCCAGCAAGUCUUCGGGAGGAUCUUCCCUUCAGGAUCAGUCAGUCUGGUAAUCCUGAAAGAAACUCUUUCAGGCUGCAGUGUGCUUACCCUCACUCUGAGGUACCUUCAUUUCUUCCCACUACAUCAAUAGAUGCAUCUGAAUGACUCCAUCAGGUUGAGGGACAAAGAAAGUCAGAAUGCUUUUGUAGUAUUUUUUUUUUUUUAGCAUUCUAUUUAAAUAUUUCAGUCUUCCCUUUGAAAGGAAUGUUUGCAGGUGAGUGAAGGUGAUUUUUGACAAAGGAUAACUUUUUACAUGUAGAUACUGUUACCUCAGGGAAUUGAGCUGCUUAGAAGUGGA